AUGGUCGAGAAGAUGCUGGAGGGGAUCUUGCCCAGGGAUGUCAUAAACCUUCAGGCAGCCCUUGCUGUGACCUGUGGCUCUGCCACUGCAAUCCUGUUGUGGAAAUGGAUGUCACGCAGAAGGAUCCAGAGGAAGAUGGAAGAGGCCAGGCAAUGGAGAGACAACAGCCUGGAUCUAAUGGAAAAAGUCAUUUGGAAGAUGAAACAGAAGAAUCCAGGAGUCCAGUCUGAAUUCAUCCUUUCUCUGUCACUGGUGGAAUUGGCAGCAAAACUCAGAGAGGAGUCUCUUUCCCCAGAGAGUGUCUUGUAUACCUAUAUAAAGAAGGCUCUUGAAGUAACCCGAGAUGUGAACUGUGUGACAGAUUUCAUUCAUGGCUGUGAGGAACAACUCAGGGAACUGAAGAAACAGAAAGACAAAGGCUUGUUGUAUGGGGUUCCUGUCAGCAUUAAGGACCACAUUGGAUGCAAGGGUCACAUCUCUACCGGAGGUUUGGUGCAGUUUCUCAACAAAGUCGAGAAGGAGGACAGUGUGAUAGUGAAGGUUUUGAAGAAGCAAGGGGCAAUUCCAUUUGUGAAAACCAACAUUCCUCAGAGCAUGAUAAACUAUGACUGCAGCAACUUAAUUUUUGGUCCGACAGUAAAUCCUCACAAUCACAAAAAAAGUCCUGGUGGUUCCUCUGGAGGGGAAGGAGCACUUAUUGCUGGAGGAGGGUCAAUCUUGGGUUUUGGGACAGAUGUUGCUGGAAGCAUCCGCCUGCCAUCCAGCUUCUGUGGGAUUUGUGGACUAAAGCCUACAGGCUUCCGGUUGAGUACUCUUGGUCUUGCUUCCCCCAUAGGAGGCAUGAAGUCAGUUACUGCUACAAUUGGCCCAAUGGCAAGGGAUGUGGACAGCCUGGCUCUGUGCAUGAAGGCUCUCUUGUGUGAUGAGUUAUUUCGCCUGGACCCCACAGUACCACCCAUGCCUUUCAAAGAGGAGAUUUAUACAAGUUCAAAACCUCUCCGCAUUGGAUACUAUGAAGAUGAUGGAUAUUUCCAGCCAUCACCCAGCAUGCGGAGGGCUGUUCGAGAAAUAAAACAACUUCUUCAGACAGCAGGACAUACCCUCAUCCCCUUUGUGCCUCCUCGCCUGAACUAUGUAGUUGAUGAACUUUUCACCAGAGGCCUCUUUUCUGAUGGAGCUGCCAAUCUACUGGAAAGGUUCAAAGGAGACAUUGUUGAUCCAAAUUUGAAAUCCCAAGUUAAUUGUUACAGCAUUCCUAUUGUAAUAAAGAGGAUUUUGGCAUUCAUCCUAAAACCUGUGUACCCUCGGAUUGCCAGAGAUCUCAAUGCACUAUGUGGAGUUGGGUCAGUAAAAAACCUAUGGAAGCAUCAUGUGGCAGUGGCGACUUACAGGGAAGAAUUCCUUGCUGAAUGGAGGAAGCUAAAACUGGAUGUCAUCCUGUGUCCUGCCUUGGGCCCAGCAUUUAAUGAAGGCUAUCCUGGGAAAUUAUUUGCUGCUACAUCAUACACCAAUUUAUACAAUGUCCUAAACUUUCCUGCUGGGAUUGUGCCUGUCACCACAGUGUCCAAAGCUGAUGAAGAAGAGCUUGUACAUUACAAAGGGCAUUAUGGAGAUCCCUGGGAUAAACGUCUGAAAGAGGCUGUUAAAGAUGCUGUUGGGCUUCCAGUGGCUGUUCAGUGUGUAGCUUUGUCUUGGCAAGAGGAAAUGUGCCUUCGGUUCAUGAAAGAGGUGGAGACUCUUGUCCACGAGAAGAGAACCAAAUAGUGACCUGUUGACCUCACUGAAGCAACAGUACAAAGUAAUAGAGCAAAACAACCUGACAAAGUGUCAAUUAAAUUGUUAAAUCAUUCAUUAGUACAUUAUAUUCAAAUAAAGUUUAAUAUAUACUUUUCUGUUAAAUAUGAUUCAUCAUCAUGUCCAGAGGGGAUGUAAUUGUCAUUAAGGCUUAUCUAUCACGAGAAAUAUACAUCUACCUAUGCAUCUACACUGUAGAAUUAGUGCAGUUUGAUGCCACUUUAACUGCCUUGGCUCAAUGCUAUUGAAUCCUGGGAUUUGUAGUUUG